UUCGUUUGAUCAAAUUUGUUUUUAAUUUUUGUUUUUAUAUUCAAAUUUGUCUUUGUUGAAUAAAAAAAAAAAAUACCAAAAAUGGAUUCAAUUAUUUUACGUGGCCUUUUAGAAUUUUUUAUUCGUGAACGUGUUUUGAUUAUCGGUACAAAAGAAUCAGGGAAAUCAAAAUUAGUUGAAAAAUUAAUGGAUUUACAAUAUUUUGAUGUAGAAAAAAUAAAAUCUUUGGUAGAGUUUACCGAUUUAACACAAGAUAUUUGUGAUCUAACACAAGAUAUUUCUGAAUUUUCAAUUUCAUCAACAUCAUCAUCGCUGUCAUCGAAUUCACGUGGAUCAAUUCAAUCUUUUUUAUCUGUUGCACAAACAUCAACAUCAUCGUUAUCAUCAUUGGAUUCAAAAGCAGCAACAGUAUCAAAAUCACCACCGUCAUCAUUAGCGUCAUUGAAAACAAACUCACGAAAACAAUCGAUGAAUUUGCAUCGAAAUCAUCAUGCAAUUGGACGGAAAAAAUCUAAAAUGAAUCAUUUAUCCGAAUUUUUUAACUGGCUUGAAUCAUCACCCAUUAAAACUACUACGAACAGUAAUGAUGCAGUCAUAUCAUCAUCAUCAUCAUCAUCGAAAUCGUUGUUAAAUGAUUUACCGGUAUUGAUAACUGGUCGUGAAUCCAUGGUACGUUUGCUAUCGAAUCAAGCAUCACGAAUGUUUUCUGAAUAUUAUUAUUAUCUAAAUUAUUGUAAAGAUGCCAAUAUUGUGAUGCGUAUAUGGGAUACCUAUCAUGAACAUUGGCAUAUUUUUCUCAAUGAAAAAUAUCAUCGUCCUCAAACAAUAUUAGUUGUUUACAAUUCAAAUAAUUUAAAUGAAUUGAAACAAAUUCGUGAACCGAUUGAAAAUUAUCUAUCAAAAUUGACAUCGACUCAACGACAAUUAGUAUCAAUUUAUAUUGUCGGUAGUAAAAUUGAUCUAGGUCAUACACAACCAUUAACAUAUGAAUUACGACGAUGGAUCGAUAAAAAUCAAAUGAGACAUAUGUAUGUUUCAAGUGAAUGGAAUAAAGGUGUCAAUUUAUUACGAUCUUGUUUACUUGAAGAUAUUUAUAAUAAACAUUGUACACAUGGAUUAUUAAUACAUCGUAAUCAUUUAUUGGAUCUUUACAUUUCAACUAUUGGUUAUUGUCCUACCAUUGUAUAUGAUUCAUGUAUAGCUUUCGAAAAUAACAAUCAAACAGAACAAUAUCAUUCAGAUGAACAAUCAAAAAAUUGUCAUCUUUGUCAAACUGGAUCCCGGCCAUUACGACCAAUUGAUUUUAAUAAGCUAAAAAAAGAUCCAAAAUCAAUGCUUGAAUUUCAUAUGGCAUUGGAAAAUAUUUGUCAAUGUUUGUAUCAUUUAAUGUUUACUGUAGGUUCAUCAUCAUCCUUAUCCAAUACAACUAUACCAUAUCCAUUAUUGACAAUAGUCAAAGAACAAAACAGACGAAAACGUAAUCUAAUCGGUGAUCUACAAUCCUCACAGAAAAUGAAACGAAAUUAAUUAAUUUUAUCAUAUCGAUUGAUAAUACCCAGAUAAUCUAAUUGACAAAUAAUUAAUCGUUUUUUCAUCUAAUCAACAAAUUAAUAAUUAUCAUUAUGUCUUU